CAAAGACAGGAUAGCGCUGUACCCAACAGGCAAUCGCGUUAUACAGCUUGCCAAGAUUGAAGUCAUUUGCAACUCAAAGAGAUAAACAAAGGAGGAUGGCUGCUCUUACCUGCUUAAGAAAUUUAUCACGAAUUGUGACUGCUUCUCGCUUUAACAGCGCUAAAGCGAUCAAUUUGCCUAUUUUUAAUGCUUCAAAGAAUGCUCAUAGUCGUUGGAUUCAUCAAAGUACUAUCUUAAAUGCGGGAAAGGAAAUAUAGUAAAGAACAUGAAUGGGUUUCCAUGGAAAAUGGCGUUGGGACUAUCGGCAUUUCCAAGUACGCUCAGGAAAAGCUAGGAGAUGUUGUAUAUGUUUCCUUGCCAGAUGUGAGCGAAACUAUUAUUACGGAUGAGGAAUUUGGUAUUUUGGAAAGUGUUAAAGCUGCCAAUGAUUUAUUUGCGCCCGUUAGCGGUGAGGUUAUCGAAAUUAAUGAUGAUGUCUUGGAUAGACCUUCAUUAGUCAAUUCUUCACCCUUUGAAGAAGGUUGGUUGAUUAAAGUACGUCUCAGUAACAAGAAAGAGUUGAAUAAUUUAAUGAGCGAAAGUGAAUAUGAAGAUUUUACAGGAGGCUUAAAUCAAUAA